AUGUAUGACAUGUGGAUGAAAGCCGAAUGCCCCGUAGGGUCUCUAAAUUACAUUCGCUCUGUUGAUCUGCAUUCAGUUGUAUUCAAUGCGGCAAAGAUUCCAUAAUGUUUGUUUCUUUUCUGUUCGCUUUUCCAAAUUUGAAACUUCCCCACUGAGUUUUUCGGAAAUUGUUAAUAAUCACAUAGCAAACUAAAUUAAAUAACUUCAGCAGGCUAUGAAAUACAAGUCAUUGAGAGCAUAGCUAGCAAUCACAGUGGCAUUGCAAAAUCUAAAACACAUUCAUUCGUCAAUUGGAAAUUUAGUCAAUUUAAACAAAAUAGGUAGGUAUCUGAAUAAAACUGAAAUAAAAGCAUCGUGUGGAUCAACAGUACCAGCAUACCAAGAUGUCCGAUAGACGCCAUGCAGUGUCCGACGUUCUAGACGAACUGUCCAAUGAAGAAAUUCGAAAACGCAUUCUUAUUUACGGUGGGCCAAAUCUUCCCGUAACGGAACAAACCCGUGGAAGGUUGCUGGAAGUGCUGCGGGAAUAUAUCGAGAAAUCGGAAAAGAACAGCCGUCCGAAAGAGAGCAAAAGUGUGGAAUCGAAUGCACCCAUAAGUGGAUCCCGAAGCAAUGACUUCAACUUAGAUAGAUCAGGCGCAUCUUCUAUGAUGGAUGACAUGCAGGAUGAAAUCUUCUAUGAUGAUGACAUUGAAGAAGAAAAUUUUCCACUUCAAGUUAUGUUAUUCAGUAUACUUACAUUCGCGUUCAGCCUCUUCGUGUAUAAAGUGGCCAACAAAUUGAUGUACGAUCAAUUAAAAUUCACAUAAUUUAUUCCGGAACUUUGAACAUCAAAACUACUCAUCAUUGAUCCAAAUAAGUUUGCAACUUUAUUAAAAUUUGUAAAGAUACUCUCAUGUUACAAAAAUAAAUAAAUAUAUUUUAAAAUUAAAA